UCCCUGUUUGUACAUGCUAGUGGUUUAGCCGUAUCGCAUCGGUUUAAACGACGUUUGGGCUGCUUUGGUCGUCAUCUCCGCAUCCUGGGGUCGCAACGCAACGACGACGCAAUCAUGACCGGCUUAUCUCUAAGGAAGGAAGAAGAUUCCAGGUGAAGCCAAGUGUCCGCCAAACUGGUGCCCAAGACUUUCCAGCGUUACUUGGAGUCGGAAGCGCAAGCUGCAACUAGCAAUGGGCAGUGAAUCCCCCGUGAAGGCCUCAUUCAUCAGCUGGCUCAGCUGGCCCGCCCCUGCCUUGCUUUGCAUCGCCUUGCGUGUCUUGCUGGGUUCGGUCCGUCCAUCGUGGAGAGGACUACCUAGAGGACUAGCACCACCAUCUCUUGGUCUCUCUACCUAGAGGACUAGCACCACCAUCUCUUGGUCUAUCUACCUAGAGGACUAGCACCACCAUCUCUUGGUCUAUCUACCUAGAGGACUACCUCCACCAUCUCUUGGUCUAUCUACCUAGAGGACUAGCACCACCAUCUCUUGGUCUCUCUACCUAGAGGACUAGCACCACCAUCUCUUGGUCUCUCUACCUAGAGGACUACCUCCAUCAUCUCUUGUUCUAUCUACCUAGAGGACUACCUCCACCAUCCCUUCUUCUCCUGGCGCACAUCGACAUGCACACGCCUUCCCUGGACGCCCCGAAGGUCGAGUAAGAAGCUCGCUGUCCGAACGCCACCAUGAUCGCCACGGGCGGCCUGCUGCGCAUGAACCGGCGCCAGGAUUCCCUGCGCUCCAAGAACCGAGCAGAAAACAAGAAGAAGCGGAAAUCCAAGAAGAAGAAGAAGAACGAUGUGGUUGUGGUGAAGGGCAAGCUCAAUCUGUGCUCCCCGGCCGGCUUGGUGGCCGCCGCGGGGGUCGUGGUCCUGGUCAUGGGGAUCUCCAUGGCCAUACUGGGCUACUGGCCCAGCCAGAACCAGCAGCAGUACCAAGAGCGCCGCCGGACCGGAGGCCACAACAAGAUGAGCUUCUCCCAAAGUCCAAACGUUUCCUCCAAUGGCGGCCGAGAUCCUUCCAACCAGACCAAGCUGCUCGACCACAGCCAUUCCAACAGCAGUGACCCCACCCCCUCCGCCCACUGCGGCUUCCUGUGCGACUUCCUGGACAACUACCUGUACUCGGACAACCUCAAGGUCUUUGGACCGCUGGUGAUGGGGAUCGGGAUCUUCCUUUUCAUCUGUGCCAACGCAGUUCUCCACGAGAACCGAGACAAGAAAACCAAAAUCAUCAACCUGAGGGACAUCUACUCCACGGUCAUCGACCUGCACAGCGUUCGCUCCAAGGAGUACUCGCCACUCAACGGUUUGGUCAACUACACCCAGUCCAAGAGCGCCGAGGGUCCGUUGGGCUCCCACCCCCCCAGCGGAAUGCACACUCGCAGCUCCUGGCCCUCCACCGGACUCAACCUGCACGGUGAGCUCGGCGGGGAGGAGGUCUUCAGGCGUCCGUCGCUGGCCAGCCGCACACGGAGCUGGUCCAAAGAUGUCCAGACCUUCACUGACACGGUCUACAGCAUCUACAAGGACUACAGCAACAGCGGCGAGGAAGCCCCGCAGCCCCGACAGUGGGAGACCACCUCCAUCGUUACCUCCUCCGUCAACGCCUUCACCCUCCCGGUCAUCAAGCUGAACAACUGCGAGGUGGAGGCCCCCGAGAGGGCGGCAUCGGAGGGGCGCCCGCAGGAAGGCGUGGUCAUCCAGGCGGAAAAUAUUGGCGAAGAAGAGCAGACCAGUGGCGGACAUCUCCACAAGACAGACGCCAAAGACAAGGACCCCCCCACCGCUGGUCCACCUUCACCUCAGCGGUCACAUGAGGACGAGCAGGGGCCGCGACAGGACCCCCCACAGUGGACGCAGCUCUUCCCCCCGUCCCCGAUUGCCCGGGCGAUGGGGUCGCGGCUGUCCCUUAACUCGCUCACGGAUCAGCCCCGGUCCGCCCGACGCUGCAGCCUGUCGGCGAGCGUGUGUCGUCAGGGCGACAGGGGGCGGCGCUUGAGCUGCCCCCGCUUGGAGCGCUCCAACAGCAAGGGCUACAUCAAACUGAGUGACCUCGGGGGCGAGUCCUUCGAAGCCCCGGAUACUUCUUUAGCCGACCCCGAGCAGGACGUAGCGGCGGCGGAUCAAGCUCCGAGAGACGAGGGACUGACGACCCCCGACGACUCCGUGGAACCCUAAACGGAGACCGUAGACUACCUUGGAACUGUCCUGUAGAAGACUUGAUGAUGGCGGGCUGAGCAUGGGGCCCCGGGGGCGGGGGGUGGGGGGACACACAGCCAUGAACACUCAAGGGCAAAACGUAAAAACAGCUCCAAUAUUCAGAUGUGACUUUUCUAUUUUUUCAAUGUAGCAAGAGCAAUACUAAAGACUUGGCGGAUCUGGAUCGAGGUUUACGGCGGUAGAGGCAACUGUAGCUGGUAGACUAGCGGAAAAGGCGGAAAGGCCGUCUUUGUAGCACCGAGAAAAAGCUCACCUGGUCAUCUACUGCAUUGCUGUGUGAAUAAACACGCCAUGACGUCACCAACAUUAAUCUCAGGUUUCAUUUAGGCUUUGUCUUCCUUUACAUGCACGCUUGUUUAUAGGAACCAUCAGUUGGAUAAAUACCCCCCCCCCCCCACCAACAAUGUAGGCGUCCUUGUGUGCGCCCAAUGCGUAGCUUGUUUGCGCCAAAUAGUUCCGAUUCUCUUGCAUCCAGAAAAAAAUUAAACGAUGACAAAAGAAGAAUGACGCUUGGAGUUUUUCAGUCUGCAAACUUGAUGUUUGUUGCCUCGACUGCAACAUGUGACACACCUUGCCUUUAAUUGGACACAUUAAAGGGACGCCAUCCAGCCGCUCUGACAGACUAAUUGUAUCUUUACUGACACAGGGACAUAAUAUGUAUGCUAGCAGCCAUAAACCAAUCAGAGAACAGUAUGUCAUACGUACAGUACUAUGCUAGCAGCCAUAAACCAAUCAGAGAACAGUAUGUCUUACGUACAGUACUAUGCUAGCAGCCAUAAACCAAUCAGAGAAGAGUAUGUCUUACGUACAGUACUAUGCUAGCAGCCAUAAACCAAUCAGAGAAGAGUAUGU